AUGGCCAACCGCGCAUCGCCCAACUCCCAGGAUGCGGCACCUCCGCCAGCAAUCGCGACGCUGGCCGAGGGCCGCUCGCACCCCGACAAACUUGACGAUUCGACGUUGCCCCAACGAGCAACAUCACUGGGUCCAGAGCACAUGAUCACAGACCUGAUCUCGGCCACGACAUCCGCUGGACGCAAGCGCAAGCUGAAUAGCACAUCCGCACGAGGAGUCGCCAACCUCACCCCGGAUCAAUUGGCGAAGAAGCGUGCCAAUGACCGCCAGGCGCAACGCGCCAUCCGAGAACGCAACAAGGGUCAUAUCGAGGCGCUGGAGCAACAAGUCCGGGACCUCUCGUCGCAGAAACCGUUUCUCGAUCUCCAGGCUGCGCUACGGCAGAAUGAAAACACUCGGUCGGAAAACAGGGAGCUCCGCCAGGGACUCAAAGCAGCGAUGGACAUUAUACAGCCACUCCUUGCAAAGUCAGAGACAUCAGAUGCGCCUGCUUCCCUCCCUCAACAACAACCGAGGUCGAUUCCUCCUCCAUCACAUACAUCUCCACCCCCCGAUGCGGAAGCCUUUACAUCCAAUAGCCAUGGCUCAAUCCAAAACGAAAAGCAAUAUCCCGAGUCUAUCGCCAGCAUCGACACUCCUUCUCCCACUCACUCCGCGCCGGCUCUAAGGAAUCGCCGUAGUAGUUCUAAUGGCGGUUAUCAACCAUCGCCGUUCCGCCAUGCCCUGGACACCCAGCGCUACAAUAUCACCCAUGGGUUGGAUUUUGGUGCCGAGGAAAGGUUGGGCUUUAAUUUCCUCCUGGAGCCCUCCCAGAAUGUCCCCAAAAUCGACCGCCUACGGCGCAGCAGCUCAGAACACCUCCGCUCCUCACACACGAAUCCUCCAUCACCACUAUGUCCGCACCCGCUGAAUUCCCCCGAGCAUGGGACACCUGCCUUUGCCGCUCCGAUCAAAAACAUUGCGCCGACAUGUACCUUGGAUAUCAUCCUAGUCGACUUCCUUCACACCCGACAGCGGGAGGCAGCACAAGGGAUCCCCCGACAGAAGCUGGUCGGGCCACCGUACCCAAGUGUCUCCUCGCUGCUGAAUCCCGAGAAGAGUGUCGACUCACAUCCCGUGUCCAAAGUUUUCACGGACAUCCUGCGCACAUUCCCCGACAUCUCCUCGCUCCCGGAGCAGGUUGCCGUGCUCUAUGUCAUGUUCCUGCUCAUGCGGUGGCAGAUCUACCCAACGCAGGAAAACUACGACCGACUGCCCGACUGGCUCACUCCGCGUCCUACCCAGCUCCUCCAGCCGCAUCCUGCCUGGAUGGACUAUAUUCCCUUCCCGCGGAUGCGGGACCGCGUCGUCACCUCCUACCAAGACUACCCGUUCGAGAAUUGGUUCAUCCCGUUCACACGCGAUAUCUGUGUGAAUUGGCCCUACGAAGGCACAGACUGCUUGCUGUCGGCUGGUGACUCCGACGAGCUGGUCAUUAAUCCCGUUUUCGAGCGACACAUGCGCAACCUUUCCAAUUGGUCUCUGGGCACUCUGUUUGCAGAGAGCUACCCUGCCUUGGCGGAUACGGCCCGAAUCAAGACAGAGGCAACAACACAAACCUCAACCCCUCGGGCUAUAUAA